GACUCCAUAGAAGUUUAUUGAUAUUUUAAAAAUUCUUCACCUUUGGCAUCGACGAAAAUCAAUUAAGGGGGGAGAAAGGUACGCAGUUAGUCAAAUCUAUACAUGAGUCAAUCCCUCGAUCCCAAGGGAAAUGAAAGUUCUUCCCAUAGCAUUAGCACCAUCGGUCAUAGUACCGCCACGCGGAGGCCGUCCCUCGCGAUCGGCCUGGGAGCGCUUCUUGACGGCUCUCGAACGAACUCCGUGCUGCUGCAGCAACUGCUGCCGGUGCUCCAAGAGCGCGGCAAUCUCGAGGACGGCGCCGAUCACACCCGGCGGGCGCCUCUUUUCAUCGACGUUGACGGGCCUAUCGAUCCGGAGGAUUCACUUAUCGUGUUCGACACCCCGUACGCCCCGGAGAGCCCGCCGCAGUCAUUGAAGUUGCGCAAAAGGCUUGGGCUUUCGCCGACGGAGAGCCACCCUGUGGAUCCGAAUGUGCGGGUGAUAUUAGACAGCUUUAUCACACCGCGGAGGUGGCGGGAUGCAGUGACUGGGACGAUCUGGGUUCAACACGCCAGUCCAUACCCUAGCAACCGCAUCGAAACGAUGAACGUGCACGAGGCUUUUCAUGCGAAGCUAAAAGCGUUGAAUGUGCGGCGUACAGGAACGAGCCCGGCGCGCACCGCACUGACAGCGGAGUGCUUUUUGGAAGUCAUACGGCAAGUCGUAACGGAGUCGUGGGAGCGUGGACUUCUUCUUCUGCACGUGUAUGCCGAACGCGUUGGUUCGCAGGCGGCGUAUCGCGAGAUGUUUGAAAGUCGCGUUGGGCACGCAUUUCGACUCGCACUUAGGGGUGAGAAAAGCGCCAGUCUGACGCAACAAGACAAGACUAGACUCCAAAAUCGCAUCAAAGAACUUGAGCGGAAGGAGCAGGAGCUCAAAGAGGGGUGUGAGGCAUUUGCUAAAUCAUCCGAGGAGGAGCUGCUUAUUGAAGAGAAGAAACACAACGACGCGAUGGUAGCACUAAAGAGGGAGUACGUACGCAAAAAGAACCAGCUAGAGCACAUGCUAGUCGUACCGUCGCUGUGA